AUGGACACGCGUUACGCUGUGCUGGGUGUUAUGAUAAUGAAAACUCUGGAAGAGACCCAAAACCAGAGGGUGGUGCUCGCCCUAUAUGAAGCCCUAAGCUCACGAGACGUCGACACCAUCCACAAGCUCUUGGCCUCCGAUUUGGAGUGGUGGUUCCAUGGCCCGCCUUCCCACCAGUUUAUGAUGCGCUUGCUCACCGGCACUGCCACCGCCGACGACUCCUUCGAGUUCUUGAACCAAUCUAUUGCCAACGUCGGAUCAACGGUUCUCGUUGAGGGCUACGAUCAAGACCGUUCAAUAUAUUGGGUUCACGCGUGGACUGUCAGUGAUGGGAUAAUUACACAGGUGAGAGAGUAUUUCAAUACUUCUCUGACUGUUACCCUCCUGAGGAACACAGACCAAUCAUCAUCGUCCGAUUUCCCGGCUAUUACGUCACUCCAUUGCCCGUCGGUCUGGGAGAGUAGCGUCUCGAAUCUCGUCGGUAAAUCUAUGCCGGGUCUUGUGCUGGCACUAUAA